CACUUUCGUUUGGUUGUGCGACGUUUGGAACUGCUUAUCAUGUCUGGACGCGGUAAAGGUAAAGCUAAGGGAACCAAAUCAAAGAGCCGCUCAUCCCGAGCUGGACUUCAAUUUCCCGUCGGAAGAAUUCACCGUCUUUUAAGAAAGGGCAACUACGCCGAGCGAGUUGGCGCCGGAGCACCAGUGUACCUUGCUGCCGUUCUCGAAUACUUGUCCGCCGAAAUCUUAGAAUUGGCGGGCAACGCUGCACGAGAUAACAAGAAAUCGAGAAUAAUCCCUCGUCAUCUCCAACUCGCAGUACGUAACGACGAAGAACUGAAUAAACUCCUGGCCGGAGUCACCAUCGCCCAAGGUGGUGUUCUGCCGAACAUCCAAGCCGUGCUCCUGCCUAAGAAGACCGAUAAGAAAGCUGGAAAGACCUCCUCACAGAGCCAGGAGUAUUAAAUCUCCUCGAAUUUAACAACAACGGCUCCUUUAGGAGCCACCAGCUCGAACGAAAGUCCUGUUCAGCGUGACUCUAAAGUUAUCCGUUACUUCGAGGCUUCUUUGGCGCCAAAACCAUCUAGUUACUUUACGAAUGAACUGAACUUUAUUUUAGCAUUUUUAUUAUUUAAUAGUCGUAAAUGGCUGUACAACGCAAGUGUAUUUUAUUUACCAUAUACAAAAUGUUUUGUUCACUUCUAUAAACUCCAUAUGCAACCUACUGUCAUUAAUUUGCGAAUCUAAUUAUUCUUGCACCUUAUUGUAAAUACCUUAAAUCGACAAUAAUUAGUACACAACACAUUGUAUGUAUUAUUU